AUGAAUGAAAAGAACACGAAUUGCUCGUGUAAUCGCUAUGGAAAAAAACGAUUGACUAAAGAGGAAGAGCAAGUGAUGAUGAUAAUCCUAUUGAUGAUGAUCGUAGUACCGCUUGUAGUAGGGCUUGGUUUCUUUCUUAUCGACUAUAUCUUGCAACGUAAACGCUCUUGGAAAUUCCACGAAAUCACGAAUUUCCCAAAACAACCGGAUUGGUUGAUGAAACUAGAAGUUUCUGCAUUGACGAAGAAGGAGGAGAAAUAUUUCACUAUUUACACCAAACAUUACUCAAAAGAGUUCGGUGCAAAAAUAUAUCCAACAGUAGUGAAGAAAUUGAGAGAAGUUCUAGGAAACCACUUCAAAUUCACUAUAGACUCCGAUGUGAUUCCUGAUUUAACUUGCAUUAUCUCAGUUCCCAAACGAAAUUUCAAAUGUGGAGGGAUACCUGGCGAAUUUAUACCGAAACAUGGAGAAUCUCCUGGAUGUUACUUUGAAUAUCAAAUGAUAGGAGACGAUCGGAUCCAAGUGACUUGGUUUAUGGUGGAAGGAAAGAAAUACGUGGCAGGAAUUUGCAUUUAUAUGAAGAACCCGGAGCAAUGUAACUACAAGUAUAGAGAGCAAGUCAUUGAACAACUGCUGAAAGAGCCUGAUUACUGGUCAACAUAUGGUUUGAAAGAGGAAACUAUGAAAGUAUUGAUACGAAAAGAUAAUGAAGAAUGGAAUCUUUUCACAAACAAUCGGUACGGAGAAGAGAGAUGUUUUCGAUUCAUUUCCGAGAAACGACAGUUAGAUGCAUACCGCCCGUUUGCUCUCCAGCAUUAUGGAAUAAAGAAAUCAAGCGAAUAUCCAGGAGACCUGACUGUUCAAGUUUGUAAAUCUCGGAACGAAAUGGUGAUGAUUGGGAUGAGAGAUGGGGAGAGAAUGCAUACAUCUUGGAAUAAGAAGCACCAACAAAUGGAAUACUCUAUCUGUGCGAGUUGUGUGGAACUCAAUGAAACACCACCACCCACAUAUCAAUCAUUGUACUGA